AUGGCCGCAAGAUCAUAUUCCGUGCCUUCAUUAAAAUUAAAUGAAAUUCCAGACCAUUUAAAAAUUGGUACAUUUGCAUUGAAAUGGCCUGAAGAAAUAAAAAAGUCUCCAACUCCCAUCAUGGUCAAUUUAUCGAUUGAUGCAAAAGGUUUUUAUCUAAUUUGCUUGAAUAAAGCCAAAAAAGAAAACGAAUGUUUUGAUCUUGCAUUGAUCCAUGAUACUCGUACAGGUUCACAAGUAUCACUUCCUUCAGGUCAUGAAUAUUUUCAAAAAAAUAAUAUUGGUGUACUCGAUGUUCCAAUUGCAUCAAAAUGGCUCACAAUUUAUUAUGGUAAUACAUUUGUUGCUUCUGAUAUGCGUUUAAUUCAUUUUUAUUUUGAAUCACCAAGUAUUGCUGAAGAAUGGGCUGAACGAUUAUUUCAAUUUGGACAUAAUCAAAUUUUAAGACAUUUAUCUAGUUUAGGUUGUCUUGAAAAACUUCAUUCAAGAAUUAUUAAUAGUUUAAUUGAUGUAAAUAGAAAAACAAUUUCUGUUCGAAGUUUAAUUCAAUUUUUAUGUAAAAACACUCGUGAUAGUAAUAAAGAAAAAACAAUACUUCGAGCAUUGAACUACUUAAAAUUACCAUGUCAAGUGGAUUCUACGAUCAAUCUAGAUGAAUUUACUUUCAAUAAUUUUUUUCGUCUUUAUAUGCGUCUGAUGGAGUGUCAUGAAAUUGAUAAAUUAUUUGAAUCAUUGGAUAGAAAACGUCAACGAUAUCUUAGUUGGGAAAAUAUGAAAGUGUUUAUUCAAAAACAAAAUGCUGCACUUAACGAUACUUAUACAAUGGAUCUUUAUGAACAAAAAGCUAAAGAUUUAAUUAAAAAAUAUACAGAAUAUGAUGGAAAUUUCAAAGAAAAAGGAAUGUCGAAUGAAUUAUUUCUUCGAUAUUUACUUAGUUUCGAUAAUUUAAUUAUUGAUCCAAAAAAAUUAGAUCUAUGUAUGGACAUGAAUAAACCUUUAGCGCAUUAUUUUAUAUCAUCAUCUCAUAAUACAUAUCUAACAGGAUCCCAAUGGACUGGACGUUCAAGUGUUGAAAUGUAUCGACAAGUAUUAUUAACUGGAUGUCGAUGUAUUGAAUUGGAUGUAGUCGAUUCAGAAAGAAAAAAUGAUGAACCUGAAAUAAAACACAAAAACACACCUGUUAGACCUGUCCUUUUUAUUGAAGUUAUUGUUGCUAUUAAAGAAUACGCUUUUAAAGUGACUCCAUAUCCAUUAAUACUUUCAAUUGAAAAUCAUUGUGGUCCUAAAGCUCAAGCUAAAAUGGCUCAAUAUUUUGUUGAUGUAUUCGGUGAAUAUCUCAUAACAGAACCACUUAAAACACAUCCAUGUGAAGAACAUUAUCCAUUACCAAGUCCAAAUGAUCUUAAAUAUAAAAUUUUAAUUAAAAAUAAAAAAUUAAAUCCAAAUCUAACUUCAAAACUAAACAAUGAAAAUAAUCGACUACUUCCUCGAAAACAAACUACAACAUCAACAACUAGUAGUAGUGAUCAAAGUAUUGAUAUGAGUACAGUUUCAUCAUCUUCGAAAAAUUUAUGUCAUACAACACUAUCAGAUGAAUCAACUAAAAGUAAAGAAACAUUAUUUGAACAAAUGUCUCCAUUGGAAAAUCAUCAACAAUUAGUAAAUAAAAAUCCUCGUUAUUGUGUUCUUAUUGAUGAUGGAAAUUCAUCUGAUGAUGGUACAGAUAUUAAUGAAAUAAAUUCUAAUGAAUAUCAAUCAUCAACUAAUGAUAGAUAUCGUGAAUCAAAAGCAACAAAAGCUAUGUCGGAUCUUGUUCAUUAUAUAGUUCCUGUACGAUUUAAAACAUUUGCAUUAGCAGAAGAACGUAAUAGAAGUUAUGAAAUAUCAUCAUUUUCGGAAGAGAAAGCAUACAAUUUAAUUCGUGAACAAGCAAAAGAAUUUCUUGCUUAUAAUCAACGACAAUUAUGUCGAAUAUAUCCACGUGGUACACGUUUGGAUUCAAGUAAUUAUAAUCCAUAUAUAUAUUGGCCUAUUGGAUGUCAAAUGUGUGCAUUAAAUUAUCAAACAUUAGAUGCCGCGAUGCAGCUUAAUUUAGGUUUAUUUUCAUUUAAUAAUGGUUGUGGUUAUAUAGAAAAACCAUCAGCAUUAUGUCAAUCAAAAAGUUCAUUUGAUCCAAGAAUUCGAAUGAAUGUUGAAAAUGUUGCUGGUUAUCAAAUUUAUAUAAAAGUUAUAUCGGGUCAAUUUUUAUGUCAAGAUCGUGAACCAACAUUUGUUGAUAUUCAAAUGUAUGGAAUGUAUGGUGAUGCAAAUAAACGAAAUGAAUUUCUUGUACGUGCUAAACGUUGGAAUGGUUUUCAAGCUAUUUAUGAUGAUAUAGAUAUUGAUUCAAAUAAAUAUUCUAUUCGAUUUCCAAAUGUUACCUUACCAGAAAUGGCUGCACUUCGUUUUGUUGUUUCAACUGAAGAUGGAACACUUCUAGGACAAAGUUUUAUACCUAUUGCUCAUAUACGUCCUGGUUAUCGUUAUGUUGUAUUACGAAAUCAAAUGAAUAUACCUAUUCAUUCAUCAAGUUUAUUGAUAUUUAUUCAAAUAAAUGUUCAUAUUAAGGCUGAAGAUCAAGACUUUGCUAAUAAACUUGUUGAACCAUUAAAAGAUCAAACUAAGGAUUUAAAUAAAUCAAAUCAAGAUUCAAAUAAUGAAAAAAAUCAAUAUAAUGAUAUUUUUUCGAAAAUGCUAAUAAGAAAUCAUAGUUCAUUUCCGAUUCAACAAGAAAAUACUAGUGCAAAACGAAGUGAAACAACAACAUCAUCAGAUGAAACAAAUUGGUAUCAAAAACAUUUAAUUGCUGCUAGUAGAUUACAUGAUAGAAAAACUUUAUGCAAAGUUCUUUCAUUCAAUGAUAUCAUAUCAAAAGAAGUUGUUAAAAGAGAUGAAAGUAUUCCUAGCAAACUACGACGUAUUUCAAUUGAUUAUCAAAAGAAAAUUGAAGAGAAAGAAGAUCAUUUUCAAAAAUGUCUUAAUCUUCAAUAUGAUGAAACCUAUGUCCAUUCUGACAAUUCAAAUAUGGCAAAUAAUUCAGAAAAUAAAUGUCAAAUAACAAGUGAUAGUCAUAAACAAAAUAUUGAACAAUCUUUACUCACAUUGUAUUCAAAAAAAUUUACUCAACAAGAAGAAUUAGAAUGUGAAAGUUUAAAUGAAUAUUAUGAUAAAAUAGAAAAAUAUAUAAGAAAUGAUUAUAGAAGGCAAAUCAAUCAAAUUGAUAAUAUUCUUCAAGAAGAAAAAUCUCGUGUGAAUGAAUAUGUUCAAUCUCAAAUAAAACGAGAAACAAAUGAUAUUGAAAAAACUGAAAAAGAUCGGAAUCAGAUUACUAUGUUAAAACAAAAAAGUUCUCAAUCGAAUUCAAAAGCUGGUACAUUAACUAGUCGAACGCUUGAAGAAAUGCAUGAAGACGUAAAAGAACAACUUCAAAUAAAUUUACAAACAAAUCUUGAUGAACUUGAAAAACAAAAAGCCAAGGAAAUACAAAAAUGUCUUGAAAAAUAUUUCAAUCAAUUGGAUGAAAUCAAAUCUCAUUUAGAACAGUUGGUAAAUAAUAAUGAAGAUAAUUUACGAUAUGAUAAUUCACCAUCACCAUCAUCAUCAUCAUCAUCAUCACAUGCUUCUAAAAUGAGAAUCAAUGCCUCAUUAGCAGCUAUUUCUCCAUAUACAGUAAAAACUAGCAGAAUAAAUUCAGAACCAAUAUGA